UUGAGUGUUGAUUAUCGUAUGCAUCGACUCCGAGCGGACAGUACUUCGAGUAGUAAACAGUGAACCGUACUACCGUAGUGCCCGAAGUCAGUAGCCGUACUCGGGUAGUCUAUACUUCUAUAGUCAUUAGUCAUUAGUACCGUAGUCCGUAGUGUGCUGCUGAGYGCUGGCUACUGCAGUCGUAGUCGGUAGUCGGUAGACGGUAGACGCGUGUAGUUCGUAGAUGCCUGCGUAUUGUAAUAUACCUGAUUGUCUAUAGUUCACUGCGGAUAAUAUUUACACCAUUUGAACAGCGUGAAAAUAAGCUCAAGAAUAUUAGAGGUUUGCAGUAAUCGGAAAACGGCUAACGGACGUGAAUUCUAAUCAACGAAAGAUGUGCCGGCGUUUCGUUUUUCUUGAGAUAUUAUAAUAUUACCGAAUCAUUUUUUAUGAAGAAUUCGAAUAUUCUCCACCUACGACUCUCCUGGCCGACCAUAUCCGUUUGUUGACGUCGUCAUCGCACCAUACUUUAAGAUUUCUUCUAAAGUUCAUCGUCGGGUGUUUUAAGUUUAUCAGCAGCAGGUACAAUGUCAAAAGUCAUCGAUCUGUACGAGUUCCUACUAGAAGCAGAACUUCAUCAGUACUAUUCAGAACUCAAGAACGACUUGAAGGUGAUGACUGUGCCUCAAGUAAAAUUUGUCACCGAAGAUGAUCUAUAUCAAAUAGGCAUGACAAAGCCAGAGAUCAGACGUUUAAAAAAGUAUUUUCAAAAGUAUUAUCCACAAAAUUAUUUCUCAAAAUUUAAAAAGUUAAUUUCCUCAAAAGACAAUAAAGAGCAGUGGAGUGAUAGUUCUGGUUCACAAGAUACACUAAAGCCUAUCUAUGAAAAACGACCACCAGCUCGUGUUCCUAAUAAACAUAUUAUUCCAGCUGAUUCCAUAACUAUUAAUAAGGAGUUAGGUGUAGGCGAGUUUGGCGUAGUCCAGCAAGGUGUUUGGACCAAUGAAGGAGACAGGAUUCAAGUUGCCAUAAAAUGUUUGAGCAGAGAACGUAUGCAAAAUAAUCCUAUAGAGUUUUUGAAGGAAGCAGCUAUUAUGCAUAGCAUUGACAAUGAGCAUAUUGUACGAUUGUACGGUGUAGUUUUGGACACCGAUGCCUUAAUGCUAGUGACAGAGUUAGCACCUUUGAGAUCUCUUUUGGAGUGCUUAAAAGAACCAUCACUCCGUGCAAGUUUUCCAGUAAUGUCGUUAUGUGAUUUUGCCAUACAAAUAUGUAAUGGAAUGCAUUAUUUGGAAAUCAAAAGAUUUAUACACAGGGAUUUAGCUGCUAGAAACAUAUUAGUGUUUACAAAGAACAAGGUGAAAAUUUCAGAUUUUGGAUUAUCUAGAGCACUUGGUGUUGGCAAAGACUAUUAUCAAACUAACUUUAAUGUGAACCUGAAAUUGCCAAUUGCUUGGUGUGCACCUGAGUGUAUAAGUUAUUUACGUUUUACUUCAUCUUCUGAUGUAUGGGCAUAUGGUGUCACUUUAUGGGAAAUGUUCAGCUAUGGUUUUCAGCCUUGGGCAGCGCUGACAGGUCAACAAAUACUUGAGGCUAUUGAUGAACCUAAUUUUCAGAGAUUAGAGCAGCCUGAUUGCUGCCCAAAAGAAUAUUUCAAUGUCAUGACUAAAUGUUGGCAACAYGAUCCUGCUAAAAGACCUAAAUUUGCUGAUUUAGUAUCAAUUUUACUUGAUUGUAAACCUGAACAAGUGCAAACAGUUGUUAACUUUGAAGAUAAAAAAAGAGACAUGCUCCAAUAUACUAUUGGGGAAGUCAUAACAGUACUCGAUAAAUCACCGGGUGUUCCUACCUUAUGGAAAGGUGUAUUGUGCAAUGGAAAAACUGGUUUUUUCAAUCCUUCCAAUACUGUGGCAUAUUUGGGUUUGAAUUUACCAUCCAACAGAAAUUCUGAAUUCACUAGAAAUGAUUCAAAGUAUACAUCUCGACGUAGUCGUCUAAGGAUCGAUAUGAUAUCUUGUCCUCAAGGCGAUGUUAAACAUAUGGGACAUGUAGGUUUAGAUGGUGCAUAUUUUGGAGAUAUUGAAUUCAUGAGUACAAAUGCACCAAAAUAUAAUCAUUUACCACAUCAAGUUGUAGCUCCAUACAAACCACAAGAAGACUGUGCUAGUGUUAGUGAUUCACCAACUUCAAUUAAGGCUUGUUCAGAUCGAGCUCCAUUACUUAAUGGUGGUAAAUCAGAAAGCAAAAAAAAUGUAGAUUUAACAACCUGGUUAGAUAAAAGUAAGCUGGCAAAAAUUUUGACUGACCACGAAUACCAUGAAAUUAGUGAUGAAGAUACUGUUGCUGAAAGUCCUAGGUUUGAAAAAACUUUUGACUUUGGACCAAGUCUUGUCGAAGAAAUGGAAACCAUGUUUAGAACUAUAAGUACUAAUGGAGUCAGUAAUUAUGCUGUGUCUCCGCCAAGGUCUCCCCUUGAUCCAUUGGAUACAAAUCAUAGAAAUGAAUUACGAGAAAUUGCAGCUACUAUUGCUGCUGCUGUGAAUUCAAAAACAAAAAAGAAACAAGCUACGGUGAAACCAAUAUCUGCUUCUGACGAAAAGAGUCUCGAUUCUGCUAUUGCAAUGGCUAAUGAGAUGGCCAGUCGUUCAAUGGGAUCUGAUAUAGAACAACCACAUCACCAGAUACCCGAAUCUCCAUCGUCGCCAAACAAACGGAAGUUCAUGUUCAAGUUUCCUCCUCCAAUUGGAUCUCUCACGAAAACCCCUAAACACGAAACAAAGACGUUCACUGACGAAGCCGCUUCUAUUCCGGACAUUCAGUCUUGCAGUAGUUUGCAUUCAUUUUCUUCAUUUAUCAGUGCCGAAUCUUUGCUAGACACCGCACCGUUUCGUCUGCCCCUGUGGGAUAAGGCGUCCACAGAGUUCUAUUUUGCGCGCUCUAGAGAGUUAUUGACCAAGGCCUCUCCUAGUAUAGGUUCACUUGAUUACAUUUCUUGUAACUCAUUGAAGACUAUCGAACGUUCCAAUGUCGACUCUACCGAAACGCUAGUUGGUGAACAAUAUUCGUGUCCCAGUUCACCUAAACUAAGGAAUAAAACAAAAAACGUUGAAACGUUUCGAGCAAAUACUCUACCCAAUAGCAAAAAAUGUGACAAACUGAGACGAAGUUUGUCUGAUUCCGAGAGUAGCGUAUUAUACAAUUCCAACGAUGUUCUAAACAAAGUUCCUAUAAAUAUCUGUUUGAUCGAUGACGAGACUGGAUGUUUAACUGAAGAAGCUAAACAAGCUUACAAUGGUCUCAUCGAAAAACCUACUACUGCGAUGGAUGGUGGCGUUACUAACUCGCUGAGAAUACUGAAAAAAACCACAACUCCGGUGGCCAAACCGAAGUUCAGGCUUAAUAAAAACGACAACGGAUUCGUUUUUAGUACCUCCGAAGUGAGUUUCGACGAGAGAAUCGCCUUGGAACUAGACGCUCUGGACCAAUUGGGCGCUGUUGAAUCACCGGUAGYCGAACGUCAAGUGCACACUUUCCCGGUGAUGCUUGAACCCGGUUGCGACGAAGAAGAAAACUGUGAGCAGCAAAAAACGUUUGACAGAGGUGCCGACGUUGUGGACCGACCCGAGCAUAGCCGAGGUCUGGACUGUGAUGAAGUCAGAAUAAUGAUCAAAGUUCUCGGGAGCAAAGUGUCUAGUGAACAGUGUUUGGACAAGUUAAGAGCGGCUGGUUGGGAUGUACACCAUGCAAUAAAGUUGGCCAAACUAGAAGCAACUCUGGAGGCCGGGGGUCAUAUCAAUAUCAAGCGCAGUGUGUGCUUAAGUGCYUUGGAAAAUUCUAAUUGGGACAUAGUCAAAGCAGCCAGUGGUAUUAUUGAUAACAUGGGGGCAACUAUUAAUAAAAGGGGUAUUUUAGUAUAAGUUCAGCAAUAUUAAUACUAUGUGC